AUAGACAUGGGAUUCUACAUCAUGUGCUUACCUCUUACGCAUCGAAUGAAACGUCAAGUGUACCUCCUUGCCUAAAUUGGACCUGCUGUUUGCUGUUCCACGACUACCCCUCUUCGCGUUCCUGCCCCUCCUCCAAGAUUGUUGGUAUUGGCGGAAUCAAAGUUUGAGUGGCCUUUGAAUUUUCACCUCCGGUCUCCAAUAUGCCUUUCUCCCCAAAGCCACAGAAAAGACACACACGUUAUAUUGCGUUGUCCUAGUUCAUCACAACCUGCUUGUAAACACAUAGGAACACGGCGCAAUGGCUCGCUCUCGACAUGACUUAAGCCAUGGAUGGCAAUUUCGAGAGACACCUGGCCCUUCAUCAAGUGAAAACCCAUGGCUUCCAGUACAGGUUGUUCCUACUCAAGUUCAUAUGGACCUAUUAGCCAACAAGAAAAUACCAGACCCUUUUCUGAAUCUCAACGAGUUGGAAGUUCGGUCACUCGCCGAGAAACAAUGGGCAUACCGAACUCAGUUUUCCAAGCCUUUGGGGCCGGCAUCUGAGCUGUCGGCGACGACGGAUUUGGUGUUCGAGGGUCUCGACACGUUUGCAACCGUCUGGCUUAACGGCACCGAGGUCCUAAAAUCUGAUAACAUGUUCAUCUCUCACCGGGUCGACGUGAAGAAUCUACUCAAGGACAUGAACGAGUUGGAGAUCAAGUUCGAUUCGGCUAUGCUUCGUGGCAGAGAAUUAGUUGAGGAGCAUUCUCAUGAGCAUACUUUCUACGUGAGGCAGACUGAGGUUAGCCGUGUACCCGUGCGGAAGGCUCAAUACCACUGGGGUUGGGACUGGGGUCCUAUACUGAUAACUGCCGGUCCUUGGAAACCUGUCUACCUUGAGCAGUAUGUUGCGAGAAUCGAAGACUUUUGGACUGAGUACGAGGUUAGCGAAGACCUACAGACUUGCUCAGGCCGCAUCAUAGCCAAGGUAUCUGAAGCAACCGGCCAGUCAAUCCAAGUAUCAUUAUCGUUGAAUGAAUCGAUUGUAUUUGAGAAAGACUGUACGGUCAGUUCGAGCGGCAUCGCGGAAGCAUCGUUCUCACUAGCUCAACCGGAACUCUGGUAUCCAUUCACCCACGGGGCUCAAACUCGGUAUGAGUUGAAGGCUAGUCCAGGAUCUUAUAAUACGAGAUCUAAGCGGAUUGGUUUCCGACGAGCUCAGCUCAUCCAACAGGAGGACGAAUUUGGAAAAUCGUUCUUCUUCAGAAUCAACGGCAACGACGUGUUCUGUGGUGGGUCGUGCUGGAUUCCAGCUGACAGCUUUGUAUCACAAAUCCCCGAGCAGCGAUACCGUGACUGGGUUAAGCUUUUAUACGAGGGUAAUCAGAACAUGAUCCGUGUCUGGGGUGGCGGCAUCUAUGAAGAUGAUAUCUUUUACGACGCUUGCGACGAGUUGGGAAUAAUGGUGUGGCAAGAUUUCGCCUUCGCAUGCGCAUCUUAUCCUACAUAUAAGUCUUUCUUAGAUUCUGUUGAGACCGAAGCACGGCAGAACAUCCGCCGGUUGCGGUGGCAUCCUUCUUUAAUUAUCUGGGCUGGCAGCAACGAGGACUAUCAAGUCCAAGAACGAUACAAACUCGAAUACAAUUACGAAGACAAAGAUCCUCAGUCAUGGCUCAAGUCAACUUUCCCCGCCCGAUACACUUACGAAUAUCUACUUCCAAAGAUUCUAUCAGAGGAAGACCGGUUUGCUAUCUAUCAUCCUACCAGUCCCUGGGGUGAUGGCAAGAUAACCUCAGACCCCACGGUUGGUGACAAGCACCAAUGGGACAUCUGGCAUGGCGCAAUGAACAGAUAUCAAGAAGUAUUCAGGCUGUCUGCUCGUUUCAUCAGUGAAUUCGGAAUGGAGGCUUACCCUCAUCUAGAAACUAUUCGCAGUAUGAUCACCGUCGAGCAACAAAGAUAUCCUGGAUCUAUGAUGAUGGAUUUUCGCAACAAGGCCAUUGACCAUGAGCGUCGUGUAGCAGCUUACGUGAAUGAGAACUUCACUGUCAAAUAUGAUCUUGCUUCAUAUACACAUCUUACCCAAGUCGUCCAAGCUGAGGCUAUGCAUUUUGCAUACAAAGCAUGGCGUCGGGAAUGGGGUCAAAGAAAGUGUGGAGGAAUUUUAGUUUGGCAACUCAACGACUGCUGGCCCACGAUGAGUUGGGCAGUAGUCGAUUAUUAUCUCGUGAAGAAACCCGCCUACUACGCUAUCAAGAAUGCUCUAAAACCAAUUAGCAUCGGGUUAUCGAGGGAAUACCAUGAUUGGACAUCCGGGCAUGUCGAUCCCACAGAGUCGUUCAAGGAUUCGAAGUUCGACUUAUGGAUUGUCAGCGAUCGGACCCAAACACUGCAAGCUAAUAUAGCAGUGCGAUUUAUCUCUAUCAAGACCGGCCAAGAUAUAAGGCAGCCGGUUAGACUCAACGGGGUGACUGUGAUUCCUAAUUCUACCACCGAAGUUCUUAAGAAUCAUGAUAUUACCGAAAGUAGCAUGGAAAAGCAGGAUAAGCUGAGGUCUUUUAAUAUUUCCGAAUUCGACCCUUACGUGAUUUAUGCCACUCUUACGAUCGACGACCACACCAUAGAUUCCGAUACGUAUUGGCCGCAGCCUCUUAAAUAUUUGGAUUUUAGUGAUCGCAACAUCACUGUCAGAGCUCUAGGAGAUGAUAAAGUCACGAUCUCAGCGGGUCGUCCUACGAAAGGGUUUGUGAUUGAAGAGAUGCAGGAUGUAGGUCUCAGCGACAAUGGGUUUGAUAUUGUUCCAGGACAGGAAAAAGUAAUUGAGGUGGUAGGCCCAGACAUUUGGUCGCUCAGAUACACCUACAUAGGAGCCCCUGGAGCUUCUAUGCCUUUGAUGGCCUAAGAUGUAACAUCCUCUUUACGGUGAACUCAACGGUGGGCUGGCAGGGGAUGGUAGGAUAGUUAUAAAUAAGGAAGCGGUAGAGAAAUUGCAAGACCCAAAAUGACGAAGGCAGCAACAUCAUACUACUACUUACUGCACC